UAUAAGACUAUAUAUAAUUUCUUGCAAUAAUUCACGAGUAACAGUUGUGUCUAUUGAGUAAAAUUAACUAUGAAAUUGUCUGGAAUUAUUUUCAGUUUUCUGUACAUACAAGUUUCUUCAUCACUCCUUGGUGAUUUUCGAAAUGCGAUGUUUAACGUUGAACGCGGUUUUGGUAAAUUAUUAACAGAUGUCGUUACCGACGUAAAGGAUACGAUUCAUUGUACCAUAUCAGCAGUCGAGCAAGUUUUGGUGUUAAACGGACUUUUGGACAAAACUUCUAGAUAUAGUUACAGUUGUAGCGGUGUAAGUAAACCAACUGAACCAAUACCCUCGCCAUCUAAAAUCCGGGAUCAAAGAAGCUUGCUUGGUGAUUUUCAACGGUCGAAACAUGCCAAUCAUGGCUUGGACUAUCUUAACUCGCCAAGGCACAUUUCAAUGGAAUUAGGAAAGUCCAUCGCCAACGUUAAUAAAACAAUAAACGAUAUUCUAGGUCAUCACAAAGCCAAUAGCAAUUUGAAACUUAUAUCUAAAACGAUGAAAGAAGAAACUAACCGCCUAACUGAAAUAAGUAAAAUACUUAAGCGAGAAUUGGAAAACAUAUCGAGUAAUAUCAAACUUGAGAUACGAAAAUUACUUUUUGAUCGACAAGAAUCUCAUUUUGAAUCGGUUUGGGAUGAAAUUAAAACAUUACACGACAUUCAACAGAGAAGCAUAAAUGAAACAGAGAUUGGUGAAAUACGUCAUAUUUUAGAUAAGGUAGUGAAUAAACUGCAUUUAAAAUCUGAAAAUCAAAAACAACUCGGCAGCUAUGAUUUAAAAGAAAUAAGAAAAACACUGGAAAAAUAUUCUGAUGGUCAGGAUAAAAAAAUUCAAAAAGAUAAUGCCGAUCAUUCAAGACCACAAGAUCUAUCAUUUGAAACACCUACUACAAAAUUACCGCUAAAAUCUUUUAAAGAUGUUGCCAAGAAAAUAUUUGAUCAAAAGAAAAACACUAAAAUAAAUCCGUCGCAUUCAAAGGAAUCUAUAUUUAAUUUAAAUAUGCAUUCAUUCGAACAUUUUACACCAUUUUCGACAACAGAUAAUAUUAGUAAGAAAACGAUAGAUGAUGCUAAGAAAAUUAUUGAAGACAGUCAACGUACCGAUAAAAUGUUAAAUAAUAUUUUUAAUGAAAAGCGAGCAGCCUCAAGUGUCUUUAGCAAUCCAGAAAACAAUCUAUUUGAUUUUAGUAGCAGUUGAAUGAAAAUGGCCUGGAACUGUAUUUCAGUUUUACAUGAUUCUUUAAAUAACAUAUGUGACAAAAAGUGACAUUUAUUACUCGUAAGUGAUAUUAAAUUUGAAUU